AUGGAAGCAGACAGUGCAGAGGAGAUCAAGGCCCUCAUGGCAGAUAUGGAUUACAUUCCAGGCUACUUUCAUCUGGAACUGAAUUUGAACUGCAAUCCUGCCGGGCCGUCAAUUCUGCGACGCAGAGACAUUCACCUUAAAAAGAAGAGCCUUCUCGGUGAGCUGGAGGCUGAAUCUGGAUAUCUACGGUUUGCUGUCCGUAAUCUUCUUGGUCUGCUGGAAUUUAACCUGGGUCAGCUUGAUGCAGCAGAGGAGACGUUCAGAAGCAUCUGUAAAGAAGACCCGGAAAACUUAAAUGCUUGGGCCAACCUGGGCUACGUGUACGACAAGCUGGGGAGAGAAGCGGAUGCAGGGGAGUGUGUGGAGAAAGUGUCUCAUCUGAUGGGCUCAGAGAGUGGAGAGUCCUCUCAAGCAGAGACCAGGUUGCUGGCGGCUCGCUGUCUGGCGGAGCAGGCCUAUGUUCACCCCUACGAUGUGGAGCUGGAAAAUGAGGAAGACCUGAGAGAGCGACUGAUCACAGCGCUGAUGUUUUACAACAGAGCCCUGGACUAUGGGGGUCAGCUGAUACCCACAGGGGAAAAGUGCAACUGUUUAUUUAAAAUGGCAACCAUCUAUAUAAGAUUAGACGACAUAGUAAAGACCAAAGAGGACGCUGGAUACUCCAGACUCUCUCACUACAAUAAAGGACUGAAACUUCUCACAGAAACACUCAAGUCAGAGAAAACCCAACACAAAGCUUUAGCCUGGUGUUAUGUUGGCAUCAUGCUCGAGAGGAAGAACGAGUUCAUCACUGUGCCCAUGUCUGUGCAUGACUGUGGAUACUCAGCCUCUGACCCUCUAACCUGCUUUGGAACAGCCAUAAAGUUGGCAAGUAACGAUGCAUUCAUCCUGAACCUUCUGGCUAAGAUGUUUGUUGAGCUGGGCAAACACGAGAUGGCCCUAGGAAUUUGCAACAUGGCUCUCAACGUGCUGCCGGACCCCGAGCUCAACUGGCAGGCGUACUGCACCCGGGCUAAGGUCAGUGUCUUGCUCUAUGUCAAGGAUCUGGAAAAGGCAAAAAAUGGUCAGGGUGGAAUUCCAGACAGACAAAAUUUAACCGAGGCCAGAAAUGACCUGGACAAAGUUCUGGCUGUGCGUCCAUGUCUGAGGACACACCUGGAGAUGGCACAGGUGUACUACUACAUGGGUGUAGACGCUCUGCAGGAGAGUCUGCUGGUGGACGAGGAGGCGGUGAACAAGGCCUUGGUGUGUCUGUCCGACGCCCUGCAGUUUGAGAUGGGCGACAGUUUGCCAGACCUCCACAUUCUGAGGGGCCGAUGUCUCCUACUGAAGGGCGAGGAGCAGAAUGCCGCUGACUGCUUCAAACAAGCCUUGGAGCUAAUGAAACCAGGGAGCACAGACACCACACCCCUACGCUGCCUCUUACAGGCCCUCGUGGCUCUGUUCAUGCAAGAAGGUGCCGAUCACAGCCAGGCCAUCUCCCAGCUGGAACUGUGGGUGCAAAAGGCGUCCGAGCGGUUUCCUGAGAAUGUACUGAAGGCUGAGCUGAGGUGGCUGUACAGGACCCACACGGCAGAGAUCACAGAGCUGUCAAAGGUUCUGAUCAGGACGGGCCGACUGGACCUCGUGAGGAGGCUGCUGGAAACGGUGCAGCCGAAGGAACGUCCCAACACCAGACCAAUGGGGAGGUCUUACUCCUGCAACUGAAGGGAUCUUUUUGUCAACUUAAAGGAUAUGUUCAGUUUUUCACAAUCUCAUCCACAACAAGCAGUGGUGGUCUUUGUGGCCAGUAGACCUCAUCUAUCUCCUCUGCUGGAAUCAGCAUAGGGCUUGGACAGCAAAAAUGUAUGAGUGAGUGAGUGAGUUAAGCCGGUCAGCCAUUGAAGAUUUUUGGCACCUCGUUGAUUACUAUAUUGACUUAAAAAAAAUAAAAUUGGAUACCCAAUCUGAUCAUGUCAUAUUGUGCAACCAAUGCUCACAGCGGCAUUGUAGAAUGUUGCAAACACUCAUGAACUUUUUUAAACAUAUUCAAAUUUAUCGGGAUGUUUUGAAUCAUUGUGACCAGAAAAGUCAACAAUCUGAUUGCAAUCUGUACAGAGUGGAACUAAAAUGUGACUUUUACGUCAAUUUUAAAGAGGCGUUUGGUUUUAAUUUCAUCUCUGCAUCUUGACAUGAAUCCUUUCUGCUUGAAUGUGGUUUGGUCAGCUCGGCUACUUUGACGAUGCCAGGGUACAAUGUAAUCUGAAAUUAAAAUAAAUUUCAGAUUAUGUUAUUUGUGAAGUGAGCUGAGCUGUUGGUGAGUGUGCAGUUCGAAGACUCACCUUUGGAAAUAUAAUAUUCCCAUGACAAAUAUACUGCACUCUUCAAAAGAACAUUUUUUUUUUUCAGAUGUUAAAAAAUAAUUUUAGCUUCGUAAGAUUUUGUUAUAACCAUAGAUAUUAGCGCAAGGAAAUUUCUAUUCAUACAUAUAGUAUUAAUAAUCACAAAUUAUAUUUGUACGGGGCACAGCCUUGUUAUGGGUUAGGGUUAGAGGUUAGAGUUAGGUUUAGGGUUAAUGGUUGUGGUGAACAUAGUUUAGGAAUUUAUGUACCAAUAACAAAUACAUGUACAAGUACGUAGUCUCAUGGUCAUGUGACCACUCUUGACCAAUGAGACAGAUGCUAUGUACAAAUAGAAUUUCACUAUACAAAAAUAUGGCUGUGUAUGGAUAGCCACCGCCUUAGUGCAAAUUCACACAGUACUGUUGGGAGCCACAUGGUGCUGUGUUCAGUGCCGCUUGUAAUUUCCAGUGAUGUGACAAUUGCGUGACAGCACAACUGUGGACUGGUGUUGUGGACAAUCAGAAGUGAUUGAUAUUGAUACAUCAAUCUGGGCCAAAAAUCGCCAAUGGGAGUCCAACCUUAGUCCAUCUGAGUUAACUUGUGGAACUCAAAGGCAAAAAUUGUUGUCAUGUAAAACACCAAAUUAAAAAGAACAUAAUGAGGUGAACUUUGAUGCACCAAAUCACAGCUUGUAAAUAUGAGCUUUUCCAUUAGUGUUUGUGGUGUGUGAGAAAAUGUGCUACAAUCCUAAAUCAGAAAAAUGUGGGACAACAUGCAAAUGAAAAUUA